AUGGCAGCCAUAGCUGCUCUUGCCAUGUGGAUGAACCAGGAGCAGGAGAAACCAUACAGUUUGUCAACAAGAGAGAGACACAAGGACAACGGCACUGUGGAGAAACCAUGGAAAUGUGGGGACUGUGGGAAGGGAUUCAAAUACCCAUCCCGGCUGGAAACUCAUCGACGCAGUCAUACUGGGGAGAAACUGUGGAAAUGCGAGGACUGUGGAAAGGGAUUCAAUUACCCAUCUCGGCUAGAAUCUCAUCGACACAGCCACACUGGAGAGAGGCUGUUCACCUGCACUGUGUGUGGGAAGGGAUUCAGUCAAUCAGCCAAUCUGCUAAAACACCAGCUUAUUCACACUGAAGAGAGGCCUUUCAGUUGCAGAGACUGUGGAAGGAGGUUCAGGCAGUCAUCCAACCUCACUGCACACCAACGGGUUCACACUAAGGAGAGACCAUUCAUCUGCUCCGUGUGUGGGAAGGGAUUCAUUCAGUCAGCUACCCUGCUGACACACCAGCGAAUUCAUAGUGAUGAGAGGCCAUUCAUCUGCACUUACUGUGGGAAAAGGUUCAGGCAUUCAGGCCACCUCACUGUACACCAGCGAACUCACACUGGGGAGAAGCCAUUCAUCUGCUCCCAGUGUGGCAAGAGAUUCACUGAUUCAUCUGCCCUGCUGACACACCAGCGAAUUCACACCGGACAGAGGCCAUUCACCUGCACUGAGUGCGGGAAGGGAUUUGCUCAUUCAUCAAAUCUAGUGCAUUACUUUUUGAUGGGCUCAGUCUUGACAGGAGUGGCAGCAGAGACAGGAAGCAUCAGCGGUGGAUAA